UCCUCAGUUUUCUGGGAAUGGGUAAAAUAACCUCAGCACUUUGAGAAGUAACUCGAGCAGGAGCACUUGAGAAAGCGCAUGGUUCGCCUCCUCGAACACAGCCUUCAGUGAUGGCGGACUUAUGCUGAAGUCUGAUCUAAGAUUCUGGCUGCCGAUCGUCAGCUAAAUGCAAUCAUAAAGCUUCAUCGUCAUUCAACGCCUGGAUUUUUAUUGCUUGAAUUAGAAUUUGGUAUCUGGUCCAGCAUUAUCUAUCCUUGCUAGACUUCAAUACUGGAGGAGUGCAUUUUGGAGACUAAAUUGGAUGGAUCUGACAUGGCUGAGUGCCAUUGUAGUAGGGGCCGGCUGCCUUGUUUUGGGAUACUGUAUUGGUUCGAAGUAUCCUCCUCGCAUCUUUAUCAAAGCCAAAUUAGCCAAAAGCAACGAAUCCAGCAGAACUGGGAAGAAGGGUAAGCCUAAAGAGCCACUGGAGGUUGAAAACUUGGCUGACAUUCUCGAGGACUUCAAGAUGGUUUUAGUCGUGAGAAAUGAUUUGAAAAUGGGAAAAGGAAAAAUUGCUGCCCAAUGCAGUCAUGCAACUUUGGGUCUCUACAAGAAGCUCCAUUAUCGUGCACCGAAAGCUUUGAAUAGAUGGGAGAUGUGUGCACAACCCAAGGUGGUUCUGAAAAUAGAAAGUGAGGAAGACAUGCUAGUUUUGCAAGAGAGGGCAAAAUCAUUGAAGCUACCAACUCAUAUUACCAUUGAUGCCGGAAGAACUCAAAUUGCUCCUAAUUCGAGAACGGUGAUGGCAAUUCUUGGUCCUGUUGAAGUGGUUGAUGAUGUAACUGGUGGGUUGAAACUCUUGUAGUUUCUAAAUUCUCGACUGUUACCACCUCAAAAUUCUUGAAGACUUCAGUUCUGUAGCAGAAGGCUCUGCAAAAUCCAUCCAUGCUUGGACCAACAACACGGUAUGAAACCGAUCUACGCGGAGCUAAGCUAUCGCGAUUCUAAAUACUAUUACCAUUUCUUAUGAUGACAAUGAUGACCAUGUCUAAGUUAACCUAUUUCUUAUGCAAUAGAAACAGUAGGGAAGUUCUUGGAUUACCUUGCUUUAGAACUAUCUAUAUUUCAGUCUAAUUCUCUAUUUAAUUUGUUUCUAUUGCAUUGUCUUAAGGAUUUAGAGUUUAUAUUCAAUCAAACCAAGUUCCAUUUGGUUCGUCCAAGUUUCGACACGUA